CAUGCGACAAAUUGCACGAGGGCCCUGUUGGAAGAACACCACCAGUUCCUCAGAGUUCCUGAAUUACCACCUUGGAGAUUUGUGGACAAAUACUAAAAAUGUCAGACAACAGAGACAUUACGAAGGAGGUUUCUAACCUGGAGAUCGAGGAUACAAGCAAAAAGUUGACCCACAAGGAGAAGAAGAAACUCAAGAAGCAGCUGGAGUAUGAGAGGACCAUGGAAAUGAUGACCAAGACUGGGGGCCAGGGACACAGUGAGUUGGAGUCGAAUUUCACAGUUUCUCAGAGUCAGACACAGGCACGAGGUCAGCAUACGUUGGACAAUGCUGUUGACAUUAAGAUCGAGAACUUCAGCAUCGCUGCCAAAGGAAAGGAGCUGUUCACAAACGCCAGCCUACUUAUUGCCCAGGGGAGAAGAUACGGUCUUGUUGGACCCAAUGGGCAUGGAAAAACCACCCUCCUUCGUCACAUAGAGAAAAGAGCCUUCAACAUUCCCCCAAGUAUCGACAUUUUGUACUGCGAGCAGGAGGUGGUGGCUGAUGACACCUCAGCAGUGGAGGUAGUCCUGAAAGCUGACGUGAAAUGCAUAGCUCUCCAGGAAAAAUGUAAAAAAUUGGAGGAAGAAUCUGAGAAAUCAAGUAACGACGAAAUCCAAGCCCAGUUGCAGGAAGUCUACGAGGAGCUGAAAGCUAUAGGUGCUGAUUCAGCUGAGCCAAGAGCCCGAAGGAUACUGGCUGGUCUGGGCUUCAGCAGAUCAAUGCAAGAUCGUGCCACCAAAAAUUUCUCUGGUGGUUGGAGAAUGAGAGUAUCCCUGGCUCGUGCUCUCUUCCUUGAGCCCACUCUCCUUCUUCUUGACGAGCCAACGAACCACUUGGACCUUAACGCUGUCAUCUGGCUGGACAACUACCUCCAAGGCUGGAAGAAAACCCUGCUGAUAGUCUCUCACGACCAGAGUUUCUUGGACAAUGUCUGCACAGAUGUCAUUCACUUGGACCAGCAGAAGCUGUUCUACUACAAGGGAAACUACAGUAUGUUCAAGAAGAUGUACGAGCAGAAGAAAAAGGAAAUGAUGAAGGCUUACGAAAAGCAGGAGAAGAGGAUAAAAGAUAUGAAGGCCUCGGGACAGAGUAAAAAGACUGCUGAGAAGAAGCAGAAAGAGGCACUCACCAGGAAGCAGGAGAAAAAUCGUACGAAAAUGCAGAAGGCUGAGGAGGACAACGGACCCCAGGAAUUGCUACAAAAACCUAGAGAGUAUAUCGUGAAAUUUAGCUUCCCAGAUCCACCGCCACUCCAGCCUCCAAUUCUUGGUCUACACAAUGUGACAUUUAGCUACGAAGGCCAAAAGCCACUGUUCAUAGACGUAGAUUUUGGUAUUGAUUUAAACUCACGUGUUGCUAUUGUGGGGCCUAAUGGAGUAGGAAAGUCAACAUUUUUGAAGCUUCUUCUUGGAGAAUUGACCCCUCUGAAAGGGGAUUUAAUUAAAAAUUCUCGUUUGAGAAUUGGAAGAUUCGAUCAGCAUUCGGGUGAGCACUUGACAGCGGAGGAGACUCCCUCCGAGUAUUUGAUGCGCCUGUUCGAUUUGCAGUACGAAAAGGCACGAAAGCAACUGGGCACGUUUGGUCUGAGCUCUCACGCGCACACGAUUAAAAUGAAGGACUUGUCUGGUGGACAGAAGGCUCGGGUGGCCCUGGCUGAGCUAUGCCUGAACGCCCCGGACGUCGUAAUCCUUGACGAGCCAACCAAUAACCUCGAUAUCGAAUCCAUCGACGCCCUUGCAGAGGCGAUCAAUGCGUAUAAGGGAGGCGUCAUCAUCGUCUCUCACGACGAAAGGCUCAUCAGGGAUACUGACUGCUGUCUGUAUGUCAUCGAAAACCAAGUAAUUAAUGAAAUUGACGGCGACUUCGACGACUACAGGAAAGAACUGUUGGAGAGCCUUGGGGAGGUCGUCAACAACCCCAGUCUUGCUGCCAAUGCUGCUGUCCUUCAAUGACCUAUCCCAGUGAAUUUCUAGGAGAUAAGGCUCAUUUGGAGAGCCGUUGCGAGACGAAUUAGGAGAAAGAAAUUUUUGUACAGUCAGGAGUGUUGGACUUUUAUUAGAAUGCAUUUAUGGAAUGAGUGUUAGUGUUUCUUCCAUUGAGGGAAUGCUCAUUAAACCAGUUUAUAUUGACUA